AUGCUGGACAUGAAGGUGUUUUUUGUGUGCGUUCUCAUGGUAUCAUUUCCCUGGUGGCAGUGGAGAUGUCCGGCAACAGCAGAACCGAGAAAGCCAAAAUGUACCGUAGCGGGCGCCACAACCUCUUGCGUUUGCGAAGUACCUGCGCCUGAAGGCGUGACGGAGAAAUUCACGAGUACCGCCACCUUGUCAGAGACUGCAAAUGUUGUCAGUUUGGACUGUGCCCAGUCUUUCAGUUUUGUGCCCUCCAAUGUGGAGAAAGUGUGUGCUACCACUUCAGACGUCUCCCUGAAGGCUUGUAAAGAAGAUGGAAAGAAGAGGGCACUUGUCUCGUCUCCCAUCUCAGACUUCAUGACCGAGACUCCGACGUUGACCAGCAGUGUCAAGUGGGUACAUACAGACACACGAUCCUCGCUAGCGUUUCCUGUUACAAACUUUCCCUUCACAGACAAAAGCUUCAUCGUGGGCUGCAUCAAAAGUGAAGACGCCGAUUCCUGCAUACUCAAGGUAGCCGUGCGUGCACGAAAGUCUCUGCUCAAAGAAAACGUGCUGACCUGUUCGUACGGCGCAGAAAGCAACCAGCCCGUCCCGAAAACCACUCUCGACUCCACCAACAACUCCCUAACGGUCGUCUGCGGCACAGAUGGAACCAUGCCACUGACCGCUGGAGUUCCCACCAUCUACUUGUGCAAAGACCCAGAGACCGACGUGUGCACGACGGUCGAGGACGUCACUGAAGUGUUUCCAGGCUUCAGCAAGGCGUGGUGGACAAAGCAGGAUGGCCAGGAGAAUGCAGCCAAGCUGACGAUUCCGAAGGACGGAUUUCCUGUUGAGCCGAAGACUGUUAUGUUUGGGUGCAGCCUUCAGGUCCAACCCCCCCUCAGAAAGAUGCACCGAAAGAGGACGGGCUGGAUGCAACUGUCCUUCCUACAUGCAAGGUGA